GAUGAGCGCGCCACCUCUCUAAGCGCCGGGACCCCGUUUUCGCAGUUCUACGAGCACGAGCAUGCUGACCUCAGGAGAUACCCCAGAGACCGCCGGGUGGCCCCGCCGCCCAGAGCGAUCCCUCCGAUGCCCACUACGACCUCAGCAUUACGGUAUCGGGCCGACGCGGUCUUGUCUCACACCCCCCCCCGUCAUCGUCUCGCAUCAUCUCACUCAGCCCCACGCGUAUCGCACGACGACCUCGAGCCUGCUGCACCCGCAAAGACCUCGCCAAGCUCUCGCCAUACGCCUCGCAAGCAUCGACCGCACGGACCUCACCGCGAGCAGCUCCGCGACGCGAUAUCGCAGAGAGCUUUAUCGCGUGCGCUUAUUGGGUAG